CUGCGUAGCGGGCCGCGGGGCUGGGGGCGGAGGGGGCCGGCCCGGCGGCCGCUUUAUCUUCGGCCGCGGCUGGGCCGGCGCGGUGGCCCGUCUCUCACCCCGCGACAGCCGCUCGGAGCCCCCCGAGCGCGCUCCCUCGCUGCCCCCCGGACAGCUGCCCGCCUCUGCCUCCUAGCUGAGGUCCCCCCGCCGCCCCCAGCAUGAGCCAAGAGGACAUGUCACUCCGGAAGCGCCUGGCCAGGCCCGGGGAUGCCCCCGAGGACGCCGCAGACCCCAAGGCCCCCAGCAAGGACGCCCAGGGGACGCCCGGAAAUGGUCAGAUUGACAUGAAACAGUUGAUAGCGAAAAAGAUGAAAUUAACCGCCGAGGCGGAGGAGCUGAAGCCGGCCUUCCUGAAGGAGGUCGGCAGCCACUUUGACGACUUCGUGAGCAGCCUCAUCGAGAAGUCGGCCACGCUGGACAGCGGCGGCUGCCCCCUCACCAGUUUCGCGGCCCUCCGAGGGGAGAAGAACCACCGAGCCCAGGACCUCCGGGCGCCCCCCGAAAAGGGGAAGGUUUUUGUCGUCAGAAGAUCGCUCCUUGACGAGCUGCUGGAGGUGGACCACAUCCGCACCAUCUACCACAUGUUCAUCGCCCUGCUCAUCCUCUUCAUCCUCAGCACGCUGGCCGUGGACUACAUCGACCAGGGCAGGUUGGUGCUGGAAUUCAACAUGUUGACCUUUGCCUUCACCAAGUCCUCCGUGGCCCUGUGGACGUGGUGGGCCAUGUUCCUGGGCACCCUCGUGGUCCCCUACACCCUGCUCCUCCAGUGGGCCAAGGGCUACCGGGCCAGCUCCUUCCCGAGCAUCCGCUCGCUGCUCUUCGGCCUGCUCUUCAUGGCCUUCCAGGUCGGCGGGCUGGGCUGCGGCGUGGCCUACGUCGUCCUCCAGCACACGUCCACGCCUGGCACCCGCGGUGUCAUCGUCAUCGAGCAGAUCCGUUUCGUCAUGAAGGCCCACUCGCUGGUCAGGGAGACCGUCCCGCGGGUGCUGAGCGCAGCGAAGGCGAAAUCAGACACGGUCCCUGUGCCCACCGUCGGCCAGUACCUGUACUUCCUGUUUGCGCCCACCCUCAUCUACCGGGACAGCUACCCCAGGACCCCGUCCAUCCGCUGGGGCUACGUGGCCUUGCAGUUUGCACAGGUGUUCGGCUGCUUCUUCUACAUGUACUACAUCUUCGAGAGGCUGUGCACGCCGCUGUUCCGGAACAUGCAGAAGGAGCCAUUCAGCGCGCGCGUGCUGGUUCUCUGCAUGUUCAACUCCAUCCUGCCAGCCGCGCUGAUCCUCUUCUUGACCUUCUUCGCCAUCCUGCACUGCUGGCUCAACGCCUUUGCCGAGAUGCUCCGUUUCGGCGACCGGAUGUUCUACAGGGACUGGUGGAACUCCACGUCGUACGCCAACUACUACCGGACGUGGAACGUUGUGGUUCAUGACUGGCUCUACUACUACGCGUACAAGGACUUCCUCUGGUUUUUCUCGAAGAAAUUCAAGUCGGCCGCUAUGUUGUCGGUGUUCGCCAUCUCGGCCGUGGUGCACGAGUACGCCAUGGCGAUCAUCCUCAACUUCUUCUACCCCGUCCUCUUCGUGCUCUUCAUGUUCUUCGGAAUGGCCUUCAACUUCAUCGUCAACGACAGCCGGAAGAGGCCCAUCUGGAACAUCAUGGUGUGGACCUCGCUCUUCGCCGGCCAUGGCAUCCUGCUGUGCCUGUACUCCCAGGAGUGGCACGCCCGCCAGCACUGCCCCCUGAAGAACCCCACGUUUCUCGAUUACAUCCAGCCACGCUCCUGGACGUGUCGCUUCGUGUUCUAAUGCCGGCUCCAGGUGUCCAUGACUCGAAGAUCAGCGCGCGUCCAUCCCGGUGGAGCCUCCCUCAGGCUCUGCGUGCUCCAGGGACCCUGGCCGAGGACCCCUCUUGCGCACUCGCCUACACAGCGCCCCCUGGAGGCGGGAGCCCUCGGGGCCGAGCAUCGCUGAAGCCGCGCUGCGUGACAGCCUGCAUCUCAUGCCCUGGGGGCAAGCAUCCUCCGUUCUCGGCCUCUGAGUCAGUGAAACGCUCCGGGCGAGUUUCUGCAGCUCCUGGGGUCUGCCAGAUCUUGGCGCGAAGCGUUGGACUGUCUGCUGAUUCAGCUUUGCGCCUGGGGGAGGAAGUGGAGAGUCUGGCUUUGCCUUGCAGAACCAGAAAAAAAAAAAAAAAAACAAGAUACUAUUUUUCCCCCCAAAGAUAAUCUUUGUUAUACAUACCAACUUUCGCGGCUUUUGUUUUUCUUCUUCUUAAAGUUGCAGUCUUACUCGA